UGGAGCUCUCCCUUUUACUUUUUUAACAACCUUUCGUAGGGCCCUUGGUGUGUGGCACUCACUGAGGACUGGAGUGAGACCAAGUAUUUAAAGCUUCUGCUAACCCACCUGCUCUGGCCGCAUCCGUUUGUGUCUGCCCAUAGUCUACCUAGCCGUGCACUGGUAAUACCAUACGACAAUAGCUUGCUGCUCAUUACGCCAUAAGAGCAUAAUUCCUACUUUACCUCUUUGUUUGCGGAGGACCCUACCCCUUCCUCCUACGUACUACCUACCACCUUCCAGAGCUUUAGCUGCCCAUCAUGCUCUCCUACAACGAGAAAUCUGGAGUCUACGUCUCCACCCCAUCAGCAAUCCACACGAUGGGAAAAGUUCAAUCAAUACCAAAGCACGAGACACGACUCCGACAUAUAUGGAUCAUCACGGGCCCAGCCGGGUGCGGGAAGUCCUCAGUAGCAGACUUCCUGGCAAAGCGUCUGAACCUGCCGUACAUUGAAGGCGACGACUUUCACCCCCGUUCCAAUGUCGAAAAGAUGGCCAAUGGCAUCCCCUUGACCGACGACGACCGCUGGGACUGGCUCGAAACACUCCGCAACAAGGCCGUUGAAGAGCUGCAGUCUGGAGCAGAGGGAUGCGUCGUCACCUGUUCGUGUCUGAAGCGCCGUUACCGAGACGUCAUUCGCAUUGCCGGUCGUGAGGCCGACGAUGUGGUCGUCCGGUUCGUCUAUCUUCGUGCCAGCGAGGAAUUACUGCUCAAAAGGGUCAGGGCGCGGAAGAACCACUACAUGAAGGACGACAUGGUGCACAGCCAGUUCACGGCGUUGGAGGAACCGGACGAGAGCGAGGUGGACGUUGUCUCCGUCGAUGUCAGCGGGAGUCUAGCCAGCGUGCAGAACCUGACCGUGGAGAGGAUUAGGGGGUGCAUGGAGGAGGAGAGGCAGUAGUUUUUUCUUUUCUUCUACUACGCUUUCCACUCUCUAUUUUUAUGUUUUUAUUGUCUUCUCUCUCCCUUUUAGCGUUCUACGGUGGCUAUCUUGGUUCUCGUUGUCUAUUUCCUCUUACUCUACUCUACUUACCUUACUGUCUUGUAACUUCCACCCUCCAUCCGUCCUUCAUUUUCCUUCUUUUUCUCGGAGUAGGUAUUGUUUAAAACGUGUGCAUAACUGGGCUGAGAAUUGUCUUUUGUCCUGGCCCCCUGGUGUUCUGCUUGUUGAUAUUGUUCUUCUGGUUAUUUCUAUCCGGUUUUAAUUUACAUAACUCAUCGUGGAAUUUCCUUUCCUUUGUAAUUAUUUCUAAACGGACAAACAAGAAAGCAAACAAGCACGAGUAACAAAAACAA